AUGAUUAGAUUCAUUCUCGUCCAGAAUCGCCAAGGCAAGACCCGUCUGUCUAAGUGGUAUGUGCCGUAUGAUGAUGACGAGAAGGUCCGGCUGCGAGGUGAGGUACACCGGCUGGUCGCCCCGCGGGACCAGAAGUAUCAAUCGAACUUUGUGGAGUUCCGUAACCACAAGAUCGUGUACCGUCGCUAUGCCGGCCUGUUCUUCUGCGUCUGCGUAGACGAGGACGACAAUGAACUUGCGUACCUCGAGGCGAUACACCUGUUUGUUGAGGUCCUUGAUUCAUUCUUCGACAACGUCUGCGAACUGGACCUCGUCUUCAACUUCUACAAGGUGUAUGCUAUUCUGGACGAAGUCUUCCUCGCAGGAGAGAUCGAGGAAACGAGCAAAGACGUCGUUCUGGCACGACUCGAGCAGCUUGAAAAGCUGGAGUGA